AUGAGUAAGAGAUACUUACAGAAAGCAACAAAAGGAAAACUGCUAAUAAUAAUAUUUAUUGUAACCUUGUGGGGGAAAGUUGUGUCCAGUGCAAACCAUCAUAAAGCUCACCAUGUUAAAACGGGCACUUGCGAGGUGGUGGCACUCCACAGAUGCUGUAAUAAGAACAAGAUAGAAGAACGGUCACAAACAGUCAAGUGCUCCUGCUUCCCUGGGCAGGUGGCGGGUACCACACGAGCUGCGCCAUCUUGCGUGGACGCUUCAAUAGUGGAACAGAAAUGGUGGUGCCAUAUGCAACCAUGUCUUGAGGGAGAGGAAUGUAAAGUUCUUCCAGAUCGGAAAGGAUGGAGCUGUUCCUCUGGGAAUAAAGUGAAAACAACUAGGUACGCCUUCUUCUCCCCUUCCCCCAACAGGAGAUUGAAGAGCGUAACAAAAUAUAAGGUAGUAUACUUGGAGGCUUUGAAAAGCCAACAAGAAAGUGAAGAACUUCUUGUCCAGAAUCUAGGGGAGGAUGAAGACCAAGAGAGAUUAGUCCAGUUUGGAGUUACUAAACCCAUGGAGGUUAUUGUCAGUGUUAGAGAGAGUACAAAAGAAGGAAGUCAGAAGAGGAGAGGAAAAAGGAAUCUAGAACAAGUGGAAUAA